GGGAUAUCAGUCCCACCCCCUGCUCUCGGCCUGGCCAAUCCGUGCUCUCCCGCAAGGAUGAUUCUCCAAUCGCCGUCGCCUCCUUACUGCCAGGAUGCUCUCCUUAUUCUUAAGGUAGAUCCAGCCAAUCCUGAGAGGCCUGCCAUCGUGUAUAUUUCUUCCAAUAGCAGCCCGGGAAACGGCCCGGGUGGGCGAAGACUGAAGCCGAGAGGAAAGACUGGCAGGAGUUUUACCAGCCGCGGCGAGUAAGCUCGCGCAUGCGCACUGUCCUUCGGCCAGUAAAGAGCGAUGGCCUCUUCAUUUAUGCUCAGCGCUUUGCGGGUUACAAGACGCGUGGUAUUCCCGGCUCUCGUACCAUACUAUUCUAUAAACUAGGGAAGCAAGACCUACAGGUUGGAAGCAGAAGAUUGGAUAGCAAAAGACUGAAGCCAGUAAUUAAUCAAAUCAGCGCGGAGAGCCGAGUACAAAGCCGCCAGCGGCCAGUACGUGUGCGCAGCUCCGCCCCUCUUUGGGCGAAGCAACUAGAUCUGACCCUGCUCGCGACCUGUCGCGCGGCGGAGCAAGUGCGGAAGGCUUGGCGGCAGACAGUACGACGCUAUGGAACCGGACGGUACCUACGAGCCGGGCUUCGUGGGUAUUCGAUUCUGCCAGGAAUGGAGGACAAGGAGAACCGCAUUCUGCUCUACGCGCCCCAUCGGGGAUCCCUCCGUGAUCCCCUUUCCACCACACUCGCCCUCCCGCAGUGCCGGAAUUGUGAUUACCAGCAGGAAGCCGACAACAGCUGCAUCUACGUCAACAAAAUCACGCACGAAGUGGACGAACUGACACAGAUCAUCGCUGACGUGUCCCAGGACCCCACGUUGCCCCGGACCGAGGACCAUCCGUGCCAAAAGUGCGGACACAAGGAGGCGGUGUUUUUCCAGUCGCACAGUGCCCGUGCGGAGGAUGCCAUGCGCUUGUACUACGUGUGCACCGCCCCACACUGUGGCCACCGCUGGACCGAGUGAACCACCCUCCCCCACAUGUAAUAAAUGCUCUGUUCUGUGCAUGCA